AUGCCUGCUCAAAACGGACGAUUCAGUCAUAGACUAUCAUCAUCAAGCAAGCCUCGCACCUAUAGAUACCUCGUCAGACGUCGGCUCUCCUGGCACUCUCUAGCAAAUGACCGUUGCUUUGAAAGAAGCGUGUUCCGCAGAACAGACGGAUUGAGAGAGCGAGAUCACACAAUAUAUCCUUCACAGCAGGAGGCUUUAAUUGAAGAACGGAAACGGUGGUCUCGUAACCCGAAACCAUCAAGUCGACGUAUAUUCCGGAAAACAAAGGACACUGGUCGUUAG